UGUAAUCUGAGUUACAUUCAGGCCAGAAUGUAUCUUAUCACGCUUGUGUCCGCACUGCUGUUCCGCCAGGGACUCUCGGACACCACAGUCACUAUCUCCAACGAGUGGCUCUCCCAGGGUGGACGGGUCCAUUAUGAAGCUGACCGUUGGAAUAAACAUAACGGUCUGACAGAAUCCAAUCUGAUUUCAAAGUGUAAAGCUAUUGGAACUGCAAGUGGGCGCUGGAUUAACAGAGACAUAGACCUGUUCAGAAAUUGGCCCCAGAGCCCAAGUCACCAUGGUUACCCAGAUCCAAAGUACCUCCAAGACCACACUCAACAGACGAAAGCAUGGAAGAUCUGGAUGGAACAGGUGCAUGGCUAUGGAAGUCAAGUCGACAAUAUGGUCUGGGAAACGAAAAGUCAGGUCUGGCCCAGCUGGAUAGAUAAGUCGCAUCAUCAGGGUAAAUUCCCCAACAACCUCGACGCAGUGGGAGAGUUUAUGUCACUCAUGGUUGAGAGCGCCAAGGACUACUCCAAAGGGGACAUGCCUAAAAUAUUUGAGGUCAUCAACGAACCUGAGGUAGAACACUAUAUUGAUGAACAAACUCUACUAGAUUUGCAUACAAUAGUAGCUCAGAAGCUGAAAUCCAGGUUUGGAAUGAAGGUUGGAGGACCAACGUACACUGGCUAUACCAUCCUGAAUUCAGAUAUUAACGACUUUAGCAAGUGGAAAAGGACAGCGAGGUUUUUGGACAUGUCUCUUGAUCACUUGGACUUCUUCUCCUUCCAUGCCUACAAUUACAUCUAUGUAUCUGGUGGAAGUCAUAGGUUCAGUGGCAUCAACGAAGCUCGACUUGUAGGUGGUAUUGACAUGAUAGAAAAUUACUCCCAUCUGAAGAAAGGACGAAACGUUCCGAUCAUUAUUAGCGAGUAUGGCAGAGGUGGCGUACACGGAAUAGAUCAGUGGGCACCCAGUAGUUUACUCGACUUUCAGACCAUUUACCAACCAAAUGGCUUCAUGUUUACUUAUCUGCACCUGAGGGAGUUCAUGGACAGGGCUAUAGUUUUUAUUCUUGCAAAUGAACAAUAUGCUGGUCAUACCAGUCUCAACUGGUCCUUGUUUACAAGAGAUGGUCACCCGACACAAAUGGUAAAAUUCUUUCAGUUUUGGCAUAAUUUCAAUGAUGAUCAGAAAUUCCUCAAAAUCGGAAGUAAAUUCGAUGGAGUUGAGCGUGUAGUUUCCCCUCUUGCUCUGGCGAGCCCAAACAACAAAGAGGUGGUAGUUCUUCUCCACAACUAUGGCACUGCCUGGCAGAAUGUGAAGCUGGACUUCGACGGCGGAUGGAUCAAACCUACAACUGGCGAAUCAACAUGUGUCCGGUUCCAAAACGGUAAGCCAGCAAUGAACUCCAAUGUCCACUUCGACACUACCAAGAACAAUGGAAAUGUUGGCCUUCCUGGGGAGUCAACAUGUUUCUACAAAUUUAAAACCAACUACAACUUUGGAGGCGUCCGCACCAACAACGAGAACACCUACUAUGGUAAGAACAUGGUCAUCCCCAUCAGCAAUGGACAUGCGCAGACAACCAUCCAGCUACCUAGCUCUGGCUACCAUACUUCCCAUCUUAGAGUGGGAGUUAGUCGUUCUAAAAGCGCCAACGCAAAGCCACUGAAAGUUGAGUUCAAUGGAUACAACCUACCCGCAACUUACACGCUGUUUGACGCCGACAAAGUUGAAGCAACUACAAAAUGGGAGGUGUGGGAGUACUCGGUACCAACUGAUCACGUCAAAUCGACAAACACCAUCAGCAUGACCUUUGCUGGAAAUGGUGGCCACGUGACGUCAGUGGCGCUGGUUGUAGGGAAGCUUCAAUAAAGGAAUUUGUUGUCAGUUUA